UCUACACAGAAUCUCUGGUUUUCCCAACUGUCAGAGAAGUAGAGAACAUUCCAGCUUAGUUGAACUUCUCACAAAAAAAAAAGGUACUCCAGGCUGCCUCCAAUGGCGGACCGAAUCCCUGCUGUUGCCGCUGCCAUUGCCAUUGCCUCCCUAAUCCUCGUCGUUACGCCGGAAAUGGUCUCCUCCGGCUUCAUUCCACGGUUCAAGCUAAGCCCAAAGGCAAAUAAGCAGAUCCGGGACAUAUUCAAGGACCAUGCCGCGGACUUGGCCGGCCUCGCCGCGGACGCCAUCCCCAGCAAGGGCGAGGGCGAAGGCAGCAGCAGUGACCCAAGUCAGGCCCCGGCCACCACCGGCGGAACCUACCUCAUCACCGUCGGUGUCGGCACGCCUCCGCAGUAUGUCUACGGCGCGUUCGACAUCUCCAGUCAGUUCGUGUGGGUGCCAUGCGAGGAGUGCGUGAGCCCCUACUCCUGCCCCAGCGACAAAACCGGCGUUUACAAGACGCUGCCCCGGGAGCUUUACUCAUGCGGAGAACAGCGCUGCCGGACAAUCGUCGGGCAGCCGGACUGCGGCGCACCGUAUAAUGGCCCAUGCAAAUACACCUGCAGGUACGGUGGUGCGGGCGGAACGGAAACGGAAGGACACCUCGGCCUCCAACCGUUCACGUUAGGUGACAACACGAUGCCAGUCAAUAUGAUUUUCGGGUGUGGCCUCGAACCCGAAACAAACUUCGGCGUGAUCGGCCUAAACAGGGGGAGACUCUCCCUCAUUUCGCAGCUACAACUCGGGCGGUUCUCCUACUACUUCGCCCCUGAAUACGACGACACCGCCGCCGGCAACGCAAGCUUCAUCCUCUUCGGCGAAUACGCCGUCCCGCAGACCAGCAAUCCCCGGUACACUCAGUUUUGGUCCUACGAAAACGGUGCCUACAGCUACCUUUACCUCGUUGGGCUCUCCGGUAUGCGAGUCGGCAGCAACAACCUCAACAUGUUGGGUGCGGGGUCGGGCGGCCGAGACCCACUCGUUGCGUACCUCAGCACCUCCGUGCCCAUCACCUUUCUCGAGAAGAACGCCUACGACCUUCUAAGGCGGGAGCUGGUCAGCACGGUGGGGUCCGACACCGUGGACGGCUCUGCGCUCGGCCUUGACCUGUGCUACACGAGCCAGUACCUGGCCAAGGCCAAGUUCCCCGCCAUGGCGCUCGUGUUCUGGGACGGCGCGGUCAUGGAGCUGCAGCCGCGGAACUACCUCUACCAGGACACGGCUACCGGGCUGGAGUGCCUGACGAUACUGCCGACGGCGGUGGCCGGCGGGCUGUCGCUCCUCGGCAGCCUGAUCCAGACGGGCACGCACAUGAUGUACUACGACAUCCAGAUCCAGGGCCGCGGGUCGCUGUGGUUCGAGUCGUUCGACCAGCCGUCCAAGUCGUCCAACCGGGCGUCCUCGGCUUCGGCUGCCGCGUUGCCGCGGAUCAUCUCGACGGCUGCGGCGAUCGCCUGUUCCGUGUGGUCUGUCGUGGCGUGCAUGUUCGUGUGAACUGCUUGUGUUGUGCUACGGAUGGACUGAGAUAUGUGUUAUUAGAACUAUCUUAAAAAAAACUUCGCAAUUUUUUUUUAUAAAACUUUCAAAUGUAAGUAUAGUGUAACUAUAUUAUAAUAACUUAUAUAUAACUAGAAAGUAACUACAUUGUAACUCGUAUAUAAUUUAUACGUAACUAAAAUAAAAAUAUCCAAAAAA